AUGGAGGCAUCAGCUCACAGAGCACUGGGAGACCUCCAGGACCUCUGCUAUGAUGCCCUUGAAGGGCCCAGUCACCAGGAAGUGGAACGAGAGCAGCACCUUCUACAGGACUGGGCCAGUCACUUUUCUGUUGAGGAGGAAAAAGAAGUUUUAGCCUGGCCUGACAAACAUGUUGCUUUGAGUAUCCAGAAAUACCACCGAGAACUGGAAAAACUUGAAGAAUUGCUAAUUACGUUCCCUGCAAUUAUCAACAAAAUACACGUGAUAACCAAGUUCUUCCAGCACAUUCUGGCCUUGGCUUUUGCUGUCCAUCAAAUCAAUGAGAAUCCCAGCAUCUUGCCCAACGUCACACUUGGGUUCCACAUCUAUGACAGCUACUUUGAGGCAGCCAUGACUUACCGUACCACUCUGGACCUGUUCUUCAAAUCACAUCGAUUUCUCCCCAACUACAAAUGUGGUAUCCAGAAACCAGUAACAGGAGUAAUUGGAGGUCUUGACUUUGAAACCUCCUCACGCAUGGCAGAACUCUUACAAGUUUACAAGAUUCCACAGGUUUCAUAUGGGUCAUUCGAAGAAGGAGCAAGGGAUAGAAAGUAUUCCCCUUUAUUUUAUCGCAUGGUCCCCAAUGAAGUCUUUCAGAAUAUGGGAAUCAUUCGGUUGCUUCUACACUUUCAGUGGACAUGGGUCGGGCUUGUUGUUAUCGAUGACGAGAGUGGAGACAAUUUCUUGAACUCCCUGGAGUCUCUGUUUUCUGAGAAUGGAAUCUGCUCAGCCUUCACAAAAAGAGCUAAUAAGAAUGCUCAUACAUCUAACAUGAGUGAUCUUAUGGUUUUAAUUAAAAAAAAUGUUCCAGAUUUCAUGGAGAGUAACGUCAAUGCCCUUGUGAUUUACGGGAACACUGCAACUCUUACUUGGCUGGAAGGCAUGAUCUUGUUAACAACCCAAAUACUUCCUGUAAUGUUUCCUCAGUAUAAGUGGAAGGCAACAGCAGGAAGAGUAUGGAUGAUGACAGCCCAGAUUGAUUUCACGUUCAACGUAUUUCAAAAGUCUUAUGAUAUGCAAAUGUUUCACGGUGCUAUUUCCUGCAAUAUUCACACCAUGGAGCCUCCAGGAUUCCAAGAAUUUAUUCAAAAUAUAACCUGGUUGGGAAAAAUCGAAAAUCAUUUCAUCCAAGGGUUCUGGGAGCAGGCAUUUGACUGUAUAAUGCCAAACUCAGCUGGGCCAAAUGAUGCCAAUGAAAUAUGCACAGGGGAGGAGAGCCUGGAAGACCUCCCUACCCCUUUUUUUGAAAUGAGCAUGACUGGCCACAGCUACAGUAUCUAUAAUGCUGUUCAUGUUUUGGCACAUGCCUUGCAUGCCGUUCGCACAACGACUUUUUACCAAAGAACAGUGGAGGAUGGCAGAAGGCAGAGUAUUUUAAAUGUAGAACCAUGGAAGCUCCACUCAUUGCUUCAAACAAUUUCUUUCAACAACAGUGUCAAAGAUGAGAUUGUGUUUAAUGAACAUGGAGAAUUAGCCACUGAGUUUGAUGUGACAAAUUUGAUCACUUUCCCAAACAACUCCUAUGUCAGAGUCAAGGUUGGAAGGGUGAAUUCUCAAGCUCCUCCAGGCAAAGAGCUCACCAUUCAAGAUGACAAGAUAGAAUGGCACCCUGAACUCACUCAGGUGCCUCCAUGUUCUCUGUGCAAUGAGCACUGCCAUCCUGGUUUCAGUAAGAAAAAGAAAGAGGGGGAGAAAUUUUGCUGCUAUGAUUGUGCUCCGUGUCCUGAAGGGAGGAUCUCAGACCAAGAAGACAUGGAUCACUGUGUCAGUUGUUCAGAAGGCUAUCAUCCAAAUGAGAGGAAAGAUCAAUGCGUCCCCAAGAUGACAAACUUUCUUUCAUAUGAAGAAACUUUGGGGAAAUUUUUAGCUUGUUCGGCUAUUUUGUUUUCUCUGAUCACAGCUCUGGUACUUGCAAUCUUUGUGAAGCACCGAAAUACUCCGAUCGUGAAAGCCAACAACCGCAGCCUCACCUACAUUCUCCUUGUCUCUCUCCUGUUUUGCUUCCUUUGCAGCAUGCUAUUUAUUGGACAACCUAACAAGGUGACCUGUCUCCUCCGACAAACGACUUUUGCCAUCAUCUUCUCAAUGGCUAUCUCUUCUGUCUUGGCAAAAACGGUUACAGUGGUGGUGGCUUUUAUGGCCUCCAAGCCAGGAAAUAUGUUCAGAAAAUGGGUGGGGAAAAGAUUGUCAUAUUCUAUUGUCUUGUUCUGUUUCCUUGUUCAAAUAGGCAUUUGUGCUGUUUGGCUGGGUACAUCUCCCCCAUUCCCCGAUUUGGACGCGUACACAUUGACUGCAGAAAUCAUAGUGCAAUGCAACGAAGGAUCCCUUGCCAUGUUUUACUGUGUCUUGGGCUUCCUGGGCUUCCUGGCCACCAUCAGUUUCACUGUCGCUUUCCUGGCCAGGAAAUUACCUGACAGUUUCAAUGAAGCCAAGUUCAUCACCUUCAGCAUGUUGGUCUUUUGCAGUGUUUGGGUCUCCUUUGUCCCAACAUACCUUAGCACCAAAGGAAAAGACAUGGUGGCUGUGGAGAUCUUUUCCAUCUUGGCUUCCACUGCUGGGUUGUUGGCCUGCAUUUUUUCUCCAAAAUGCUAUAUCAUAAUACUGAGGCCUAAUAUGAACAGCAGAGAGCAGCUACUUAGGAGAAAAUGUUAA